AUGGGUAAGUGGACUGCCACACCGAAGAAGAAUUUGAAGAAAGUGCAGAAGACAACGCCUUCCCUUGCCAGUCUGGCAUCUGGAAAGGUACCGCAGAAAGGCUUGCAGCAGUCAUUGGUUUGUGUGGUCGCCCCUUUUGCCAACAAGGCUGCUAUCUUCACAGGGCGUGGUGGACGUGGGGUUUUGGCUGAAGCUUCUGAUGCUUGUUCCUUGUGGGCAAUCUUGUUGAUUGCAGGGAAGGACGUGGGCAAUUUCUUGCACCGCCUGGAUCAGCAGCUGGCCUUGUUUAUGGAGGGCCGUGGCAUUACGUGGGAUGGCUACAUUGAUGAACAUUGUGUGAAGAUGUCGACUUCCAAUGGCUAUGACCCACUCAAUAUUGGUGUGAAGAAUUGGUCCCGUGCUUUCUACUUUGCUGUUGAAGAGCCAAGCAAUGAAGUUGUGGCAAUGAUGAGCAUGCUGGAUGAUUUCUACAAAUGGCGACUUACUUCCAGUCCAAAAGCGAAACCAAUUCGAAUUCAGUGGGUGGUGCCAUCUAGUGUGCCAGUGACGGAAGACUCUUUGGAGUAUCCAUCGGUGGAGCUGAUUCUAUCUGAUGAGCAAGUUCAAGAGUACCUCAGGGACCAUUUGCACGAGUUUGAGUCUCCUACAAGUGCUAAGCAUUUGAUCGGUGUGGUGGAGUUCCAAGGGCAGUCUGGCCUCAUCACCUUGUAUGGUGAUGGGUAUGUUCAUCGUCAAGGGUUACAAGACUAUGCAGAAACGGUUGAGAGGGAUGGGCGUACUGAAUAUGUUUACUCCACUGGGUAUGUCGCGCUGGUAGAGCUACCGCACCAUGAGCUCAUCACUACUUGCAUUGACAACAGGUUGACGUUGCUGCGGCCAGUUCCGGAGUUGCCGGACGUGAAUGCGGUUCGUUGUUGGAAUGCUUUGCUUGACAUGCCACACCUCAUCGGGCAGAAGGCGUCUGAGGAGCCAUGCGAAAGUGGAAAGAUGCAUGCGGAUGAAGAUGUGGAGGACUGA